GAAUAUCAUUAGAGGGAAAAGGUUUCUUAGAGAACUUUGAGGUUGUUGGACUUCCAUACUUUACAACUUCAAUUGAAUAUCACCACAAUCCUCCCCCCAAGAGGACAGCUCCUUCAACUUGUGAUUCCAGCAAUAUAUCAACUAAUCAAAUACAGAUCGAGCAAAAUGAGCGCGAUCAAUUCAACUAAAGAAGGCACAGCUUCGUCCUUUCAAGAUACGGAGCAGUCGCACCGAAGAGAAAAUUUCAUUAACAGGAAUCUCGAAAUUUCAGAAGAUGUCGACUAUUGUCAACAGGUUUUUACAAUUACCUUAAUUUGUAUUCAGUCCAAUCCUAUCGAGGAUCAGUAUAAAAGCAGAUUUUCACUGUUUCUUCGCUCAAAAUAUCUCCCGUAUCUUAUCAAAGAACGCGAUAAUAACCCUAUGCCACCAUAUGCCCUUUGGAUGCAUUCAUAUGAUCAAAAGUGCAAGGGAACCCAGCCAGAUGCAACAGCGUUUUUUUGUCAGAUGUUAGAUGCCCACAGUGGUUCCGAUUUCGAUCUCGAAUUUAGACGGUUCUUGGAUAAAAAUCGUCAAUUCCUCGAACCUUGCAGGAGACCAAUAGAUCCAAUGCCAGCAUCAAUUCCGCUUACACCACGUUCUAAUCUUGAACUUCAGCUCGUUCUCGUCGAUCGUGCGCUCGAAGCUCAAUCGAAGGCUUCUUUCCCAACAAAAAUGGAAAGCAAGAUGGAAGAUGAAGUCAAGGGUGAAGUUCUGGGAAAGCUUUCAGAGUUGACAGAAUCCAUCAAGUCUGUGAUCGAAGUUGUGGCCAACGGCAGUACGAAAACCAUGUCAAAUGGAUCUAAUAGUCUCGAACAACCAAGCAAGAAAAGAAAAGGUGCACCGAAAUAGAAUUAUACGCUGGAGGUAUACACGACUACUCAUCUUGAGUGCCAAAUUACCAACAUACGCACGCAGAUAGAACAUUAUUACGGACUUUCAAUGGAAUGCUUUUCAACCAAUAUCACACGGGGAGUGAGUUUGUGAGCAUCGGAUGGGCUGCUGGAAUAUAUUUGAGGGGAAGUCUCAGAGUUUAUGGGUGUCUGGAAUGACAUCGACAUUUUGGAGGCUCGGAUACUUCAGAGAGCUUGAGUUUAUCAUCCUCGACCCGAGGAACGUGAUUCUUAUUGCAGUGUUAAGCGAUGAUAUUCUUGUGGUAGGGAAGUAUGGUUGACAGGAAGCAACGUAUGCGGAAUGAACAGUUUAGUCAAUGAAAAGGCAAUUAAAAGAGAAAGCGAACUUCUGCGUUCAAUUGAUCUUGACUGUAACA